CAAUUUCGUAAACAACAGUAAUGCUGUGAGAAGGCAGUGAGUCGGACUUCCCUAGCAGAGGCUGUACACUAUGAAAUAUAACUAAAGAAUAUUGUAUUUGUUUGUGGAUUUAUGGUAGUUUUAAAUGUUAACUUUCGUUAAAAUAAAAUGCUUUUUUAGAUCUAUAUGCGCUGAAUAUUUCCAACUUUUGAAUGGGACACGUAUUAUGUAUGUUCAACCAUUUCUUAGCUCGACGAGCGAUGUUUUAGCUAGUAUAAGAGUAGAUCGGAAGAAAUCUAAGGCUGAACCAACCAAAAUGCAAUAUCAGUCCAUGGAAUUAUUGACUCUUGCUAUGUACAGAAUAUCUGGUUUGGGUCCAUGUGAUGAUAACCACGAUCGGUGGUUAAAAACGUUGGUUCACAAUCAAUCACACUGGCGCAGAUGCACUUACUCUUCAUUGUCUUUUGAAUCCCGAGAUUCAAAAUUGUUCCACAAGUUCAUCCAUUAUAUUCUGUAUAUUUAGUUACGCUAUG